AUGACAGCAGAAGCAGAACCAGCAGAAGAAUUUGACAUAAUAAUUAUUGGUGCCGGCCUCAGCGGCAUCAAUGCUGCGUACCGCGUGCAGAAGGAGCUGCCGCACCGCAGCUAUGCCAUCCUAGAGCGCCGCCACGAGAUUGGCGGCACCUGGUCGUUCUGGAAGUACCCCGGCAUCCGCACCGACAGCGCUAUGGGCCUGUUUGGCUUCCCCUGGCGCCCCUGGCCCUACGACAACAACAUGGCCACUGCCCAGGCCAUUCGCACCUACAUGGAAGAAUGUGCUGCCUCCGAGGGUAUUGACCGGCACAUUCGCUUCGGGCAUCGCGUCGCCUCGGCCGCCUGGCGCAGCAACGAGCAGCGCUGGACGCUGACCGUCGUCGUCACGCACAAGGAUGGCUCCGUCGCGACCAAGACCGUGAAGGCCUGGUGGCUGAUCUGCGCGAGCGGCUACUACAGCUACGACAAACCACUGCCGGCCGUCAUCCCGGGUCUCGAGAACUUCGAGGGCCAGGUCAUUCACCCGCAGUUCUGGGACGAGUCGAUCAACUACGACGGUAAGCGCAUCAUCAUCAUCGGCUCGGGUGCGACCGCUAUCACCCUGCUCCCCGCCCUCGCAAAGACCGCGCAGAGCGUCACCAUGUUGCAGCGCAGCCCAACCUACGUCAUGAGCCUGCCGCGCCGUGACAGCACGCUGCAGCUCCUGUGCCGCUUCCUCCCCCGCUCCUGGGCUGCCGCCAUCAACUGGUGGAACCGCAUGAUUAUCGAGACCCUGUUCGUCAAGUUCCUGCUCACGUUCCCCAACAUCUCCCGCGCUUUCCUCAUGAGCGAGAUGCGCCGCCAGCUGCCCGCCGGCUUCGACGUCGAGACGCACUUCAACCCGCGCUACAACCCGUUCCAGCAACGUCUGUGCUUCUGUCCCGGAGGAGACUUCUUCAAGGCCCUGCACCGUCCCAACGCGCGCGUCGUGACCGAUAUCAUCGAUACUGUCACCGCGACGGGGAUCCGCCUCAAGUCGGGCGCCUUCCUAGAGGCAGACAUGAUUGUCACGGCAACCGGGCUGUACUUCAACCUGUUCGACGGCCUCGACAUCACCAUCGACGGCGAACUGCUCCGCGACUCCAUCGCCGACCGCUACAUUUGGAACGGGAGCAUGCUCGAGGGCGUGCCUAAUGCAGGCCUCAUCGUCGGAUACACCGCCGCGACUUGGACCCCCGGCGCGGACGUUCGUGUGCGCCAGAUGAUCAAGGUUAUGAAGUACAUGGAACGCAGUGGUGCGGUGGAGGCCCGGCCGUGGCUUGACCCCAAGAAGAAGGCCAAGUUGCCUGCUAAUCCGGCAGUUGAUUUGACGUCGACCUACAUGGUUACUGCGCAUAACAGGAUGCCGCGGAAUGCUGGCAAGGGGCCGUGGAUGAAUGGGGCGAGCUGGGCCGCGGAUGUGUUCCGGUUAUGGUUUGGGAGUGUCAGGAGCGGGAUGCGGUAUGUGUUUGCGCCGAAGGAUAAGAAGGAGUAG